UAAUUUUUAAAAUGUUGGUACACUUAAGAGGUCAUUAAGGAUCAGUAUCAGUGCUUUUCUUACACAUACCAGCACAUUCUCAAAUAUCCAUCCUGCAUUUCCUAUUUCACCCUCUACUGCGUGGUGUUGAUGUGAAAUACUGAUAAAGAAACUUAUGAAAAACAAUCAUUGUAUAUGAAACAGAGAUUACGGCUGCAUAAAGGUGACAUAUGACAAUGUAAUAUAAAGUGUCAGUGAUGUCAACUGUAUGAAAAUUAAAAACCUACAGUAUUGAGGAAAGGACCCUGUGAUACACUUAGAGCUGGUGGAAAGCAUUGUUGUAGUAUGCAGAAGUGUUAAAAACAGUCCAGGCUUAAUUUUUUUCUAUUUCAGUGUGUGUGUGUUUGUAUAUCCUUUUAUCUAUGUUCUGUGCAUGUACGUAUGAUGGUAGCUUACUGCUGUUGACUUCUGCAGCAUGCACACUGCAACAACUGGCAAUUUUCCUCUGAUUUCUUGAUAUGAAUGAGUUGAACUAGUGAGUAAUUGAUGUGUGUAAUGCUGAUCCUCUAACAUUACUUGCUAAGGAAAGCUUGAACAUAAUUGGUACAAUGAACACACUAAGUACAGUACUAAAAGUAGUUGAUACUGUAUUUAAUAGCAACAAUGGCCUACCAAAAGAGUUUUUUCUUAUACUUAUCCUUUCUUCUAUUCUUAUUUGUCUCAUGAAGUAAACAUUUUCCUGAAAAUGUUGGAGAACAGAUUGAUUUUAACCACUUCUAACACAGUCAAUCAUUGUCAUCACUUAACAAUGUCAGCCAGACAGCUACAGCUUCACCAGUUCUCUCUGUCCUUUCAUUAUGUUCCUCCUUUACAUUGGUUUUUGUAAAAGAUUACGGCAGCGGAAAAAAACAGAGGAGGAAACCUCUUGUUGGAAGAUGAGGAAUGAUGGUGUUGACAGGGAGACAAUGCCAGAACAAGAACCACAGAGCUAUCUACUUGUCUAGACGGUGAACAUCUGCCCACAGCUGGAAAGAAUGUUAUUGAAAAGGUGAUGUGGUUGAACCUGACUUGUUGACAGCGCAAAUUAGCAUCUCAGCAGGGGUCUUUUUUCAUUUUUGCAGCAGAUAUUUUGGCUUUUAACAGCAGGAAAGUCUCAAGUGGAACUAAUAAUCCACGUAAUGGCUCUACUCAAUUAGUGUGCCCCAGUAAGUCACCAGAACCCGGGCACCUAAAUGACACACUGAUGAUAUUAAUUAUGUUGCUUGCUUUCUGUGCCAUUAUAUAUCAAAAUGACUGUCCCAGUGACACACCGGUUUUUAAUGAGUAAUUUGUUUAUUGACUUUUUUUCUCAGCAUGUUGUAAUCCUGCUUCUUUAACCUUUCUCCUCUUGCCAGUUUUUCAGGUGAGUUCUCCUCUGAUUCACAGCUCAACUAAACCAUGUCUUUGUUUAUUUAACAAUAGGGAUCAGUCAGGUGUGAAGAGCUGCACAAGGACUGCUUCGACAAUAUUACACUGAUAGACAUACUUGCAUUCAUAAGAAACUUACUUUUAAAACACACUGUUCACUAAAACUCCUGUCAGUUUCUUCUUCAGUCAGUUGCAAAAACAGGAAGAACACUGAACACAAAGAGCAGCUUGUAAAAAAAUUGGAUUGCUCUCUAAAAACCACGAGCUGCCAUGAAAUGAAAACGAAUGAUACGUACGAGUUUAGAUUUAGAUGUCCUCAGGGAAGCAAGAUUUUCAUCAGCAAUAAUAAUGAGACCCAAAUCGCCCAUGCUGUUCCAAGCAAACUGAUUUUUGACUACAUCUCUGAAGUGGUGAAAAUGGAUGAAGGUUCAGUCACCACUAAAAGCUGCCAAAACCUCACAGUAAAGUGCAUAGUUGAUACCCCUGUAAAGGAGACCUGUGUGUAUUUUGCAGUAACUACAGAAGAUCUCAAAGCAAAAAAUUCUGAUUCCAGUGGUUUUCCAUCACAAAGGGGCCUCAUAGUGACAGCAGCUGUGAUAACUGUCAUCGGGACCGUGUUUAUGUCUGGACUUUAUGUCUGGUAUCGCUUGCGGAAGAGGAGGAACCAUACAGAAACAUUUUUAGGAUUUAUUACAUGCAUAUUGACCUGCUCCUGUCUGGCAACAAGGAAACCAAGUAGUCACCGUGAAAAUAACACUGAUCAAGAUAACUCACUGGAAACUGUUUGCAGCACUGAUCCUGAACCUGAUGACACAACCCCUCAGCCUCAAAGUCUGAACCAAGAGUUGAGCUCUGAGAGAAUUGAGCUGACUGAAAAUGGAAACACAAGAGGCUCUAACAAUAGCAGUCCCUCCAAUCACAGGACCAUCAACAGAAACUUGAGGGAUGAGCCAGGGGGAAUCAAUGAAACUACAAGAAGCGACUUCAUAGGGGACAUGGAAGCUGUCGAUGAUCAAAAGAUCAAAGAUCAGGAGACCGAAAGACGACCACUGCUGUCAGAGCAACGAGCUGCCAGCCAAGAUUUUGAAAUGAAGGGUGAAGCAAAAGCUUUGGUGAACAAGGGAAGCUUUGACCCAGACCAACUCAGCAGGUGUUCUAUUGGACCAGCUGACGUGGAGUCAACAUCUAAUGAAGAAUGAAGAACUACAAUAGUAAUAAUGAUAAUAAUAAUAAUAAUAAUAUUCAUAAUAAUAAUAAUGAUAAUAAUACUACUACUACUACUACUACUACUAAUAAUAAUAAUAAUAAUAAUAAUAAUAAUAAUAAUAAUAAUAAUAAUAACCAUAAUCUGAGUGUGUGGAACAUUAAAUCAUCCUUUAGAUAUAGUUAAAACGUUUUCCUAUAAGGUUUAUUUUUCUCUGAAUGAGAACAUCACAAAAUAGCAAAUAUCAAUAUAUAUUUUUUAAUGGAAAACAUAUUGAUUAUAUCUCUCUAUCAUGAGAGGUUUGUUUUCGUAAACAUUUGUUAUUGACUUUUACUGUUGAAACAUAUGGGUGAACCAUAAAUAUGUCAGUAAAAGUACCACAUCCUCAGUUAUCACAUAACUUUAUAUAAUUAAUUCUAUAUCACAUAUAUGUUAUUAAAAAACAUACAUACAUACAUAUAUAUAUAUGUAUAUAUAUAUACAUACAUACAUACAUACAUGCAUAUAGAUAGAUAGAUAGAUAGAUAG